AUGACGGACAGCGGCAAGUGUGCGUUUGUUCUUGGGAUCGAGCUUUUGGACGGUGAAGAUGGCAGUGUGACACUAUGUCAGCGUCGGUAUGUCGAUGAUAUCCUCAAGCGCUUUGGCAUGGAUGAUUGCAAGGCAGUCGCAAGUCCAGUCGACAUGAGCUCUCGACUUGUUUCAAGUGAUGCAACUACCAAGGUCGAUGCUCCUUUUCGCGAAGCUGUUGGUGCGUUGAUGCACCUGACCACUGCAACGCGUCCGGACAUUGCGUUUGCUGUGGGCUAUGUGUCGCGGUUCAUGGAAAAUCCCCAAGAAGAACACUGGGUUGCAGUUAAGCGUAUCUUUCGCUACCUACAAGGCACCAAGACGCAUGGAAUUUGCUACAAGCCAAGUGCAAGGAUCGACUUCCGUGGAUAUUCGGAUGCGGAUUGGGCUGGUGAUCUUACCGACCGCAAGUCAACAUCGGGGUACACGUUCAUGCUACUCGGUGCGCCAGUCAGUUGGGGCAGCAAGAAGCAGCCAAGUGUUUCGUUGUCCACGAGUGAAGCCGAAUACAUCGCACUCAGCUUGGCGAUUCAAGAGGGCAAGUGGAUUUGUUGA